UCUCCGGCAGCAUUUCCACCGAGCGAAAGGAUCAUGGCGGAUGGCCCCAGGUGUAAGCGCAGAAAGCAGGCGAAUCCGCGGAGGACUAGCGUAAGUAACUACAGCGCUGUGGUGGAGGGCAGCUCGGAUUCUGACGAUGAGGAUAAGCUGCACAUCGCUGAGGAGGAAGGCAGCCUCCCCGAUGGCGAGAGCGUCGCCCCCGAUGAUGACCCCAAUGGGGCCGUUGACCCCGAGGACAGGUGGGAUGAAGCGGUGAAAGAGGAGUGUGUGUCGGACGGAGAUGACGAGCGCAGCAGAGACGCUCUGGUGGAGGAGAUCCUGCAGGCGGGCGACACGGCCAUCAUCUACCCAGAGGCCCCCGAGGACGAGCCCUCACAGGGAACGCCAGAGAACAACGAGAAUGGCACUCCUGACGCGUUCUCCCAGCUGCUGACGUGUCCGUACUGCUCGCGCGGCUACAAGCGCUACGCGUCGCUCAAGGAGCACGUGAAGCUGCGGCACGAGAAGAGCGAGGACAACUACAGCUGCUCGCAGUGCUCCUACACCUUCAGCCAGCGCGCCCAGCUCGACCGCCACAUGAGCGCACACAAGAACGGCCGAGACCAGCGUCAUGUGACUCAGUCUGGGGGCAACAGGAAGUUCAAGUGCACUGAAUGUGGCAAAGCCUUCAAGUACAAGCACCAUCUGAAGGAGCACUUGCGCAUACACAGUGGAGAGAAGCCGUACGAGUGCUCCAACUGCAAGAAGCGCUUCUCCCACUCGGGCUCCUACAGUUCCCACAUCAGCAGCAAGAAGUGCAUCGGCCUGCUGUCCGUCAACGGCCGGCCCCGCCCCUUAGGCCCGCCCCCGGGUCCAGACUCCUCCCCCACCGCCGUGCCCCGCACCACCACCGCCACCCUCCCCGCCCGCGAGAAGCCCGCCAAGCCCGCCGCGCCACGGGAGCCCAUCUCGGUGGCCCACAUCAAAGCGGAGCCGCUGGAGAGCGAGCUGAAGCCGUCGGUGCCCACCGCGCCCGCCGGCGCCAACAUCACCGCCGCCAACGCCGCCGCGCCCGUCUCCGCCCCGCUCCAGCUGCUGCUGCCCGCCGUGGGCCUGGUGUCGCCCGUCAGCAUCAGCCUGGCGCAGCUGCAGAGCCUGCUGAAGGCCGACCCGGCGGGGCACGUGGCGGUGGGCAGCGCCAACGCCGGCGGCGGGCCGCUCAUCCAGACCAUCAGCCUGCCGCUGCUGGACCAGGACGGCCACGCCAAGAUCCUCAUCAACUACUCGCUGGACCCGGGGCCCGGCGGCCACCAGACCACGCACGCCGUGCUGCAGCUCAAGAAGGAGGCGGUCGCCGUGGCGACGGCGCCCCCGGCGACGGCGCACAACAACCCGGCGCACGCGCCCGUCUGCAAGCCGGAGCGGGAGGCCCAGGACCUGACGCUGAGGAAGAGGAGGAAGAGCCUGGAGGAGGAGGAGGAGGAGGAGGAGGAGGAGGCGGCGGGGAAGACGAAGGUCGCGAAGGAGAGGGAGGCGGUCAACGGCGAGGAGCGGUCGCCGACGGCCGGCGCGACCCCGGUGGCCACGGCGACGACCCCGGGCGAGAAGAGCCUGCAGUCGGUGCUGAAGGCGUACUACGCGCUGGACGCCGAGCCGGCCGCCGCCGAGAUCGGACGCAUCGCCGCCGCGGUCAGCCUGCCGGCCAGCAGCGUCACGCGCUGGUUCCGCAAGAUGCAGGCCAAGCGGGCGUCGCCACGCACGGCGCCCACCGGUGCCAACACCGACUGCGACGGCGGCGGCUCCUCCGACGUGGACAUCUCGCCUCAGCUGACGCCGGACGCGACGCCGUCCUGCUCGCGGUCGCCGUCCCCCUCGCCGCCGAAGGCCCCGCCCCCCGCGGUCGGCCGAUCGUCGCAGGCCGGCUCGUCCCCGCCGAGUCCCGGCGGGCCGCUGAACCUGUCGGCGGACGGCCCCAUCCCGUGCCGGGGGGGCGGGCUGGCCGACGGAGAGGGGCCCCUCGACCUCUCGCUGCCAAAGGGCGCGUCGUCCGCGGCGACGACCCCCAACCAAGCCAGCCCGCCGGCCGUGCAGGACGAGCCGCUGAACCUGACCUGUGCCAAGAAAGAUGCGUCGUCGUCGUCCCCCGUCACCGCCAACUGUCCCUCGGUGCCCGCCGCCGCCGUGGCCGGUCCCAUCAGCCUGGUGGCCACCCAGCUGCCCAUGUCCACGCUGCUGGCCAUCUCCGACCAGGGCGGCGCCAAGACCAUCCUCAUUCCGCAGCUGGCGUACACCUACGCCACGCCCGCCAGCGACACGCCGCUCGACCAGGCCAAUCACACACAAGUGCUGCAUGUCAACGGCAUCAAGGAGGAGAAGAUGGACGUGGGCGUGGACGGUGUGUGUGUGUCGGAGGAGCAGAACGACUCGGACUCAGGUGCGCCCAGGAGGAAGAUGCGGCGGACGGAGGGCGGUCAGUACGCCUGUGACCUGUGUGACAAGAUCUUCCAGAAGAGUAGCUCCCUACUCCGCCACAAAUAUGAACACACAGGCAAGCGUCCUCACGAGUGUGGCAUCUGCAGCAAGGCGUUCAAACACAAGCACCACCUGAUCGAGCACACGCGGCUGCACUCGGGCGAGAAGCCCUACCAGUGCGACAAGUGCGGCAAGCGCUUCUCCCACUCGGGCUCCUACUCGCAGCACAUGAACCACCGCUACUCCUACUGCCGCAAGGACGCGCCGGGCGCCGCCGGACGCAACGCCGGCCAGGGCCACGGGACGGCCAACGGGGGCGGGAGCGGCGGCGACGGUUCGGCCCCGCGGAGCCCGGCGGUCACCGAGGAGCACCGGUCGCCGUUGAGGGACUCGGACGAGCGGGAGGAGAGCGAGGAGGGGGACGGCGAGGAGACGGGGGCGUCCGGGAGCGUGGUGGACGAGGACGAGAUCCAGGUGGUGCGCGUCGGGGAGGAAGGGGAGGAGGACGAUGAGGAGGAGGAGGAGGAGGAAGAGGAGGGAAUGGAGGAGGAGGAAGAGGAGGAGGGAGGGAUGGAGGUUGGGGAGCAGGAGGAGGACGAGGUGGAGGAUGGAGAAAUGAUGAAGGUGGUGGUGAUGGAGGAGGAGAGAGAGGAAGAGGAGGGAGAGGGG